GGACCGUGCAGUUCGCGUUUUGAAGCUGACAGGCUGUGACAGCAAAUAAAAGGCAAUUGAAAUCUGAAUCGUCUUGCCGCCUUGUCAACCUUGACCCCACCAACCCACAUUCUCACCCAACUCGGAACCCUCCCAUCAGCCUCAUCUUCAUCCUUCGCGAACAUCACACCCACCUCUCUCUCAACCCCCAUCCAUAACCUCGGCGAAUUAUUAUAUCAUAUUGUCGCAAGCACGAUAAUUAUACACGAUCGAAUAAUACCCGCUGUUUUAUAAAUAGAAAGAAGAAGCAAAGAAUAACAAAGAGCUUCGACUUGGAUCACUACCUCUUCACCGUCUUGUACCCUUAGCUUAAAUCCACCUCCGUUCAGGAGCUUCCAGCAAGAUGGGCAAUACAACGAGCGCCGUGCUCGACAACAUCGUGCAAGGGUCCAACUUCGACCGAGAGGAGGUGGACAGACUCAGAAAGAGGUUCAUGAAGCUUGACAAGGACAACUCCGGUACGAUCGAACGAGAUGAGUUUUUAAGCUUACCACAAAUAUCAUCCAACCCACUCGCCACGAGAAUGAUAGCAAUCUUCGACGAGGACGGUGGCGGCGAUGUCGACUUCCAGGAAUUCGUGUCGGGGCUGAGCGCGUUCAGUAGCAAGGGCAAUAAGGAGCAGAAGCUACGGUUUGCCUUCAAGGUCUACGACAUCGACCGAGAUGGGUACAUCAGCAAUGGCGAGUUGUUUAUCGUAUUGAAGAUGAUGGUUGGCAGUAACUUGAAGGACCAGCAACUGCAGCAGAUCGUCGACAAGACCAUCAUGGAGGCCGACCUGGACAAGGAUGGCAAGAUCAGCUUCGAGGAGUUCACCAAGAUGGUUGAGACUACCGACGUUAGCAUGAGCAUGACUUUAGAUCAAUUCUAGAUACCAAAGCUAUACCCACUGCGUGGCCCUACGGUAGUAAUAAUGAAUCAUGAAAAUUAGGAACGUAUAUAUGGAUCAUUAAAUGGCUCUUUUCGCAUCACGUGAACUGUGAUGUGGGAGUGUUAUUGAAGUCCCAUGAGCGAGCUUAUAAUAGUAAAGAAGACGCAUUAAAGAUCAUGUAAUUCCCAUGUAUAACUCCAAACUAUAGGUACAGAAGUUCCAAGUUUCCACGGAUUAUCAUCCUACUCUCUUCGCC